UCGUAAUUUCCAGCGCGCCUCCGGAGAAAUACACAUUCCCGUACCUCACACUGGAUUUGAAUGAGUGGAUUUUGACAGAUAAGAAAAACCGGGUCCCAGGUGAUAAAUAACAACAAACGUUUAAUCAGUGUUCAGUAAGAUGAAUUUAUCAAUAAGUGACAUUCAAAUUGUGUAAAACAUCAAAGAGAUUCAAAGAAUCUUUCGGUAUGAUCAACUGUUGAAAGAAAAUGGAUCGGUAAUGUUAUCGGAAUUUCUGCUUUCUUGUACGUUUUCAUUCACUUUAGAGGUAAAUUGUUUGGAUAUGUGUUCACAUAGGAGAAAUUAAUUAUGUGUCUGAGAUAUUAUUCUUAUAAUCAAUGAUUGAUCCUCAAGAAAGCAUUUGAAUAUUUUUGAAAUCGAAAAGAUGAGCAAGAUGGCGGCUCCCAGCAGUUUGUGGUGUCUGGGAUCAUAUUUAAUUCUGUUAGCUAUAGAUCUUGUAAUGUGUGAUCGUGUCAGUAAACUUCAUGUUCCUCAUUUAACUCCACCUGAUUCUGUCAUUAUUACAAUAUCAUCAUUAGGUGACAUACCAUCGUUAGUUAAUCAACAGGAGUUAUCAGGAAUAUUUGACUUAUCUGACACAGAAUUCAAAUCAAAAGGUGAUCUUUCUGGAUUUUUAGGUGGAACAUUUGAUAUCAUUAUUAAAAGUGAUGUGCAUACUUCUGAAGAACACCAUCUUCUUGUUAAAGUUGAUAAUUCUUCAAAAUUAUUUUCAUUUUCACAUCAUCAAUAUUUUGCAUCAGUGCUAGAAAAUUCAGCUCGACAUACUAAAUUAGAUGUCAUUGGGGAUCUCUUUGUGAAUUGUGAUACAGAUGUGUCCUUAAGAUUUGUCUCAGGUACGGGAGAUAAAUUUUAUGUGAAACAUCAAAUAAAUGGUGCUAAGCAGGGUGUAGAAAUAUAUACUAAUGGACCACUAGAUCGAGAAAAGAAAGAUUCAUAUUCAUUACUGCUACAAGCAAAAUCACUGGAUGGAAAGAUUGCACAAACAGUCAUUCAUGUGUAUAUACAAGAUGAAAAUGAUGAAAUUCCUCAAUUUAAUCAAACAAAAUAUACCACAAAUAUACCCACUGGUUUGUCAGUUGGGAGUUCUGUUUUUAAGGUUCUGGCCAUUGACAAGGACAUUGGAACAAUUUCAUAUUAUUUAGAGGGAACAACAGAUUUCAGUAUUAACUCAGUGUCCGGAGAGAUCAUACUAUCUUCAAGUUCAUAUUCCGUAAGAGAUCAUAAAUUCAGAGUAGUGGCUACUGACCAAGGUGGACUAAGGUCAUCAGCAAUCAUUCAAAUAAAUAUUUUGCCAGGGAAUUUAAAGUUUAUUCCACAUCAUCAUUUGUCAAAACGAUCAGUCAAUAGAUUAGAGAGAAGUUUUGAAAUUAUUGAAAAUGAGGGUAAAAGCAAACCCCUUUUCUCCAUUGCUUCCCAGCCCUCACCUUCAAUAGGAAUUGAACAGUACCACAUCAUAGAGUCAACUAUUGACAUGUUUCAAGUGGAUACGAGAGGAAAUGUUUUUAUCAAAGAAGGACGUACUUUGGAUUUUGAAGAAGCCAGUCACAGAUCCAUCAUCAUGAAUUUUAAUAUAACUAAUACUAACAGUCAGACAGAUUAUACAUUGCUGAAAGUAACAUUAACUGUGAAGGAUGUUAAUGAUGAGAAACCAAGGUUUAUCAAUGAACCGCGACCAUUCCUGGCUACAGUGUCCACCAAUCCAAGUAUCGGAGAGCUUGUGUAUGAACUUAUGGCUGAUGAUGCAGACACAGGCUCUAGCAUUACAUAUAUACUGGAAUCAGCUGGAGAAGGAAAGUUUGCCAUCCAAAACAUCAUUGCUGCUGGACGUCAUAUUGGUAGGAUUGUUACGACAAAGACAGGUCAUGGACAAUAUGAGAAAGGACGAGAAUUCUCAUUAGUUGUGUCAGCUCAGGACACAUCAGUUCCACCAACCAUUAUACAGAAAUCUAAUUUUGAGAUUGUCAAAGUUUUAGUGGGGUCUAGACCUCCACAGUUCUUUGAAGAUCCGUAUAUUGGAUAUGUAAUGGAAAACAAUCAAGCUGGCUAUAAAUUGACAAAUGAUGACGGCAGCCCAUUAAGCAUCAAAGCCAAACCAUUCCAAUCCAAAACUCCAGAUGAAAAUACAGAUUACGAUGGGACCAUUAAAUUUUCACUGUUGGAUGACAGGGGGCAAACAUCCACAUUAUUUACCAUGAGUGACGAGGGAGAGGUUGCUACCUUACAGAGUAUGGAUUAUGAGGCAUCCACAGCACAUCAGUUUGUACUCACUCUCAGAGCUGUUGAAGAAUCAACGGGACUGCUCAGUACCACCCAGCUGAAAGUCAAUUUGAUAGAUGUUAAUGACAAUGACCCAACCUUUGAACUAUCAACCUAUACAAAUACGACCUCUGAGGGGACACCUGUCAACACCACACUGUUUUCUGUGGCUGCCACAGAUAGAGAUUCUGGAGACAAUGCCAAACUUACCUACUCUGUUAGUGAUGAUCAUUUCUACGUGGUUACCAGAAUGGACCAGAGGGGCAGAUACAUUGGAGAUAUCAAAGUAGCAAAGAGACUAGAUUAUGACUUCCGACCAGAUCGUUUGUACAAGUUCAAUGUAACAGCCACAGAUGCUGGACCAUUCAAGAAAUCAGGUCUCGCCAAUGUUGUGAUAUAUGUUACCAAUAUAAACGAUGAGCCCCCAGAGUUUGGUAAAACAAAGGAGGAUAUACAUACCUUCAUACGUGAGGACCAAAAUGCUGGAAGUUACGUCAAAACUGUACAGGCUAUAGACCCAGAUGGUGAUAAUGUGGAAUAUUACUUUACAGAUAAAUUGUCAGUUGCACCAAAUGGACCAUUCAGAAUUGAUGCAAGAUCUGGUCUGAUUACAUUAACAAACAUAAUACCAGCUCAUAUCCCCUCCUACACAUUAAACAUCACAGCUUAUGAUGAUGGCAGCUGCUGUGGAGGUUCUCCUAAACUUAGGAGUGAUUCCUAUGUUGUGGUAGAAAUAAAGGAUAUCAACAAUAACAAUCCUAGAUUUCCUAGUUGUAGCUAUGCUCCUCAUAUCAUGGAAAAUAUGGCUCCUGGAACCUUUGUUGUCAGGGUACAAGCUGAAGAUGAUGAUAGAGGCUAUAAUGGUAAAGUUAAAUACCAUGUAGUUACUCCAGCUGGCAAGACACAGAGCUUCGAUGUAGAUCCUGACAAUGGUACCGUCACGUCCAGGGUCAUGUUUGAUCGGGAAUCUGAACAGGGCAUGAGAGGCUACCCUCUCACUAUCAUGGCUGAGGAUCAGGGUCAGACCAGGAAAUUAAAUAGUUUGUGUACAUUCUGGGUUACCAUUGAUGAUCUGAAUGACAAUCCACCAAAGUUUGAUUCGUCAGUUUACACUCCUACAAUUGUGCGUAGUUUAGACGUCAACAAAGUUGUGACAUCAUUGUUAGCAACAGAUCAGGAUAUGGGUACAAAUGCUGAAGUCACAUACUCUCUUAUAGAGAAUCCAGAAGACAGAUUCAGAAUUGAUUCAGAUACUGGUACAAUCUUCCUCAGCAAGAGUUUGUCUGAUUUUUUUGAUAGUUCAAUAAGAUUACAAGUGCGGACAGAAGACAAGGGAAUUCCCCCACUUCACAGCAAAGUACUGGUCAACAUUGAUGUUACGACAGGUGAUCAGCCUGCUCCUACAUGGAAUGACAACUAUAACGGUCAAAGCUUUACCGUAAAUGAAACAGAACAAGUGGGAUACAAAAUAGCCACGUUUUAUGCUUCGUCUAAUGUACCACCACCACUAGAUGGCGUUUCAUUUGCAAUAGUCGAUUCCAACGGACAUCCUAGGCAAUCAGCUGGAAACUUCCGUGUUGAAGGAAGGGACAAUCACAUGAAUUUACGAUUGAAUGGACCAUUGAAUUAUAAGAUAAACAAUACUUAUACACUACGUCUCAGAGUAACUAAUCAAGGCCUAACUCCACUUUCACAGGAAAUGCGUGUAACUAUUAAUGUCCGUGACAUGAACAAUGAAGUUCCACAGUUUGAAGGACUAGACCCCAAACUUGCUAACUUGUUCCGUGGUAGUGUCCCAGAAAAUGAACCAUCUGGAGUUUCAGUGUUUACAGUGAAAGCUGUAGAUGCUGAUGCAGAUCUCCCAAAUAAUCUGGUAUACUAUAGCUUGGUAGCAGACAAGAACAAUGCCUAUCUAAAGUUCAGAAUUGACCAGCAGACAGGUCUAAUUACCACAAACACCACGUUUGAUAGAGAGGAAGAGAAUGUCUACUUUAUAACUGUAAUGGCUAAAGAUGGUAUUAACUCUGAUAUUCCUUAUCAUGAACCACCCAACACACCUAACAGUGCUCAAGCUCAAGUUCAGGUUAUUAUUGGAGAUAAGAAUGACAACCCUCCAGUGUUUGAGAAACCUCUUUAUGAGACAAAUGUCUUUGAACAACCACCAGAUAGUAGUAAAUCUAUAAUCAGGGUACAGGCUACUGAUAAAGAUAUAGCUGAUACCUUGACAUACUCUAUAACCAGUGGUAAUACUGAUGGUGUAUUCAGUAUACGAGGGAAGACUGGAGAUAUCUAUGUGGCCAGAGAUCUGGAUUAUGAGACCAUGUCACAUACGUUCACCCUAACUAUAACAGUGAGUGACAGUUUCUAUACCAACAUGACAACAGUUAUACUCCAUGUACAAGAUGUCAAUGAUAACGCUCCAGAAUUUACAAAGUCAGAAUAUGUUAUAACAUCUGUUGUGGAGGAGGAAACCCCACCCCGGGGAGGACAGUUUCUUGUUCAGGUUGGUGCAACAGAUAAGGACACCGCCAGAACCACAGAUUUUGUAUACAGCAUUAGUAGUGAUGACAACAAACCUAACGAUCCAACAUUCUCUAUAGAGCCUAAAACUGGUAGGAUCUUCUUACUCAAGUCCUUAGAUAGAGACUUGCCAAAGGGACGAGCAGAGUACCAGUUUAAUGUUCUAGUUGUGGAUGAACCUAACUCGGCACAGUCUCUGAUAGGUUAUGCUUAUGUCAAGGUCAAACCUAUUGACAUUAAUGAUAAUCGACCAGAGUUUACCACAAACUUGACAGGUUAUGUUCCAGAAAAUUCUGCUAAAGGUAAGAAUGUGAUGACAGUGCGAGCUAAUGACGUGGAUUAUGGCAGAAAUGGAACGGUCCAUUAUAUGAUAGGGGACAAUCGUCCAGUGGAUCCAGAAACUUCCAUGAGUUUAUUUCUAAUUGAUAGAGAAACAGGUCUUAUUACGUCUAACACCAACAAACUGGACCGUGAGACAUUAGAUCGUUAUUAUCUCCCCAUUGUGGCGUAUGACAAUGGUGUCAAUCCACAAAGCUCCACAGCUACUGUGACGGUCGUGGUUACAGAUGAGAAUGACGAAAGGCCUAAAUUUCUACAGAAGAUUUACCGUGUAGAUUUGUCAGAGAGUCAGUUAAGUGGUCCUGUGGUCUCCGUCGUGGCGACCGAUGAUGAUGUUGAUGACAAUGCUAAGCUUACAUACUCCAUUGUGACACAGAAUGAUCUGAAUUUUUUCUCCAUUAUAACAUUACCAUCAAAUGAUGGAGUAAUAACAGUCUAUAACCCUGUUGACUAUGAAAACAGAGGCCAGCGUUUCUUCAACCUGACAGUAAAAGCCAGAGAUGCUAAUCCUAACCAUUUUGAUAUCGCCCAUGUUGAAAUUACAGUCACUGAUGCUAAUGAUGAAAAACCAGAAUUCCUCAAGAAAGUAGAAGUCAUCACAAAGGAUGAAAAUAUCCCAGAGAAUUCAUUGUUACACACCUUCUCAGCACACGACAAAGAUAGCCCGCCAAAUAAUGAAUUUACAUUUUCAAUAGCUGACCAUGCAGACAGGUUUUAUGUAGAACAGCAUGGAGACUAUUGUAUGGUCAAGAUACAGAAUGGACUUGAUGGUCAGACAUUGGACAGAGAGACUAGUGACCAGUAUACAGUUAAAGUUCUAGCAAUAGAUAAAGGAAUUCCAGCACAAACAGGAACUGCCACAUUGUAUAUCAAAGUAACAGAUCUAAACGACGAGGCACCAACCUUUGCCAAACAGUAUCGUCCAAUCGUAAUGGAAGAUGAGGACCCAUCACAUGAACCAGUCAUUACUUUCAGUGCCAUGGAUAGAGAUACCAAAAAAUAUGGUCCUCCAUUUAAGUUUGAGUUACCGCCCUGUAAAAAUCCUACAUGCAAUGAGAACAUCAACCGUAUGUUUAGUUUGGAGUUUGAUCCAAAUGGAGAUGGUGGAAAUGGAACAGGCAAAGUUAUGGCCCUUGGGAAAUUUUUCCGUGAAGAGCAGAAAUUUUAUUAUUUACCAAUCAUAAUGAAAGACAUGGGAGGUAACAACCGAUUAUCAAUGACAGGAACGAGUACGCUGACCAUAGAGAUUGGAGAUAAAAACAAUAAUCAACAUUACGAUGGAUUCAAGGAGAUAUUUGUAUAUAAUUAUAAAGGUUUGUUUGGAGACAUAGAAAUAGGCAGAGCUAAUGCUGAAGAUCUAGACGAUUGGGAUCAUAAAGAUAAACUCUACGUCUUCAAAGGACCAAAGGCAAUGGCACAGUUCUUCAGUGUAAAUGAAGAAACUGGUAUGAUUACCAUGAAGAAAGGGGUACCAGGAGGGGUAUUUGAUUUUAAGGUGACGGUGUAUGAUCAUGUCGUGUUUAAUAAGAAGAAUGCAACAGCCUCCAUUAAAGUAACAGUAAAGGAAAUAUCUGAUAAUGCUGUGUACAGCUCUGGUUCCAUUAGAUUAACAGGUAUAACAGCUGAACAGUUUAUGGAAAAGCCAUCCUACAUGGACUCUGCAGGUAAAACCCAACAUUCAGAGAGUAAUUAUGAGAAAUUUCAAAAGAAGUUAGCUGAAAAAUUAGGGGUACCAGUAGAGAAUGUUGAUAUAUUUAGUGUGAUGGACAAUAAGACAAUGCAGUAUUUAGAUAUCAGAUAUGCAGCCCAUGGUUCUCCUUGGUAUCCUCCCAGUAAAAUAGAUGGCAUUGUUACACAGUAUAAGACCGAGUUUGAAACUGAAUCUGGAGGUAAUGUUGCCAUGGUGAAUAUAGACGAAUGUUUGAAAGAGAUAUGUGACAGCGGUGGAUGCUCCAAUGUUCUGUAUGUGGAUGAGCAUGCCCCAGUGAUGAUCAACACUAAAGGCAAAUCGUUUGUUGGCAUAGGAACAAAGAUCGUAGCUGAAUGUCAGUGUCUGGCCAAAAACUUCUCCAAGCCAUUAUCAUGUACAGCUGGUUAUUGUUUCAAUGGAGGAACUUGUUUUAAAGAUGACUUUGGUGAUCUGAGCUGUUCAUGUCAUAGUGAAUUUAAUGGUAAACGCUGUCAACAGACCCACCAUAGUUUUAACAGUGGUUAUACAGUGUACCAGCCAUUGGCCCAGUGUGAGGACAGUACAACUAGUAUAGAAUUUGUCACCAAAGAAAAAAAUGGACUAUUGUUUUAUAACGGUCCUGUGGAUAAGAUUAGUCCAGAUCAUCCUAAAGAUUUUAUCUCCUUGGAGUUAAGAGAUGGGUACCCUGUGCUGUACAUUAAUCAUGGAACUGGUACCUUAAAAUUACAGUUGGAUGGAAAAGGAAAAGAUGGUAUAACAAGAAUGAAAGGGUUAGAUGAUGGGACCUGGCGUCGUAUUGAUCUUAUAAGGAAAGGACAGCAUGUAACUAUGAUUGUGGACCAUUGUGCAUCAGCCACCUCUGGAAGUACCCGGUCUCAGGACAGGAAGUCAUGUGAAAUCAGUGGAAAAACACUGGGACGAAACAAAUACCUGAAUGUGAACACGGUGUUACAGAUGGGUGGACGAUAUAGUGUACCAGCCUUCCCUACAGGGAUCACAAACCACAGAUUUAAUGGAUGUAUAAGGAACUUCUACCACAAUGGAGAGCUAUAUGACUUGCAUACAAGUAAGAAUCACCCUGGAGAGAAUCACCAGAAUGGCUGUCAGAGGGAGGAUGCUAUAUGUGGUCGAGCUUCAAUCAAUAGUGUGUCUAAAUGUGGUCAGCAUGGGACUUGUGAGAUGGUCAACUGGUAUGACAAUGAUGUCCAGUGUGUCUGUAAUCCUGGGUAUAGACCUGUAGAUAAAAACUCUAUUAGAUGUCAGCUUGCAACCACUGUGAGAGAUUUCAAUACUUCUGCCUUCAUGGUAUGGGAUCUAAAGGACCAGUUUUUAACGAGUAGACAUCCACAGAAGUUAAGUCUACAGCUACGAUUUAGGACUAGAGAUUUUGAUGGAGGAGUAUUAUUACAUCUUCCUUCCACUGGAAAUGAAUUCAUUACACUGGAGAUUGUCAAUAACCAUGUCCAGGGUAGAUAUAACUUAGGAAGCCAUGAUAGUUCUGUCAGUAAUGUUAUAGCAUUGUCAGAAGCAGUGGCUAACAAUGGUCAGUGGCACACUGUCACACUGACCAGGUCUGGACAAUGGAUUCAACUUAAAAUGGACAGUGGUGAAGGUCGCUUCUUCAAUGAGACUUUUGACAACACAUAUAAUGGAAAGUCCUUUAUGUUAAGUAGAGACAGAAUUGUGUCUGGAUCCAGAGUAGUGUGGGAUCCCAAUGCAAGAUUUGAAGCAAGAGGACUUAGCGAUACCUGUGUAACUGACAUUCGAGUAGACAACAAAUGGUUCCCUAUGAAGAUGGAGGAGAGUACCGAAAGUCCUGCCGCUGUGAUGACAAUCAGUUCUAAUGUCAGAAUGGGAUGUUAUCGACCUGACUGUAAUGGUGUUGUAUGUCAAGCUGGGAAACCAAUCAGAAAAGAAUGUUAUCCGUUGUGGGGCACCUACGAGUGCAGAUGUCCAAAUCACAGUACACCAAUAUCUAGUGUUGCCUGUGAUAAGAUUCUUUAUUGUAAAGCAAAGAACCCUUGUUAUUCUGGAGGACAGUGUAUAGAGCUCCCAUUCCCUAAGACAUUCCGUUGUAAAUGUCCACCUGGAUGGACAGGAGAACUAUGUAAUCAACAAGCCAUUGCAGAGGUAGCACAAGGAGGGGUCACCACAGAACUACUGGUCAUUAUAUUUGUCAGCAUAUUUGCAGUAUCAUUGAUAGCCUUGAUAGCUUUCCUGUUAAUCACUAGGUGUAACAAGAGAGAAGGAGAUAAGUCUAUACUGUAUGAUGAUCAGUAUGAUGACAUCAGAGAAAAUGUUAUUGAUCAUGACGAGCAAGGAGCAGGUGAAGAAGACAAAGACAUUUAUGAUGUUUCCAGAUUACGUAGAGCAGAUAUGCCAUACAUGGAUAAAGGUUACAUGUUACUACCUAAUGGGAAAGGUCCUUAUGGAGAGGGUGUAGAGCACUUUAUUCACGACAGACUAGACAAAGCAGAUGAAGAUGGUCCACCACAUGAUAACGUCAUGGAGUUUGCCUAUGAGGGUGGGGACACAGACGUUGGUUCUCUUAGUUCUCUUAACACAUCAACUGAUGGGGACCAAGACUAUAAUUAUUUAGAGGACUGGGGUCCAAAGUUUUCUAAGUUAGCCAAUAUGUAUGGAGGGGGAGAGGGAGAGGAGGAUUUGUAGCAUGAGAUGACCAAAGACAUUUGCACCCCCUUAUCAUUACAUUGUAUCUAGAGGAGAUUUAAUCUCAGAUCAUCUUAAACAUUUGUAUAAAUCAACCUGUGUCUAGGGAGAGAAUUAAUGUAUUAACACAAUGAGAUCAAAUCUCACAAACUUAUGUGUCACAAUCAACCAGUUCAUACAUGUUAAACUCUAGAUGCAACAUACACAAAUACACCAUUCAGUUUUUUACAUGAACAAUUUCCUUUGUAAAUAUGUAAUCAAAAUCAACCAGUUUAUACAUGUUAAACUCUAGAAAUGCACCAAUCAGUUUUCUACAUAAAAAAAUCCUUAAAUAUGUGAUACAAGAAGAUAAACUGUUCUUAUGUAAAGAAAUGUUAAAGCAACAUUAUAAAAACGGAAUAAACCAAAAUGACGUUAGAAAAGUCUGUCUUGUUGUAUUCCUAUAUUUAGUCAUGCGUACAUAAACUGGGAAAAUAAUUUAACAUUCCGAAGAAAAAUACAACAGAGACAAUGAACACAAUUUAUGUGAGAUCUAAACUAAAGAUAUCUCUGUUCAGUUCUAUGGGUAUAUUAAAUCCUUUCAUGUUAGUAUGUUAUUACAUGUAAAACAAUACUGAUAUAUAUUGCUUUAACUCUUAUGAAAAUCAAAGCUGUAUUAUACAACUCAGUGUUCAAGAAUACUUUAACUCAUAAUAUGACGUCCACUUGUGAAAUGACAUUUGUACAUCAGAAUUGAAGACAUGAAAGAUUUUGUAGAGAAGAAGGGUUAUUUUGUUUCAAAGGAAGUCUUUACAAGCAAAGUUUUAAUUAAUCAUAAAGCUUUAUACCAUUGUUAUAUGUGAUUAAAGAUUGUUUAGUUUAUAUAAAUGAAAGUUUUGACAUCAAUCAUGUUUCGAAUCAAUCAUGUUUUUAGAAACAUGAUAUAUCAGACCAAAUAAUUUCACAUGUAUUUGAAAUCAAAUUAAAUGUGAUGCUGUGUUACAACAUAUAAUCAUUAUUAUUAUCAUUGUCCAAAUGUUUUCUAUUUUUGAUACCAUCAAAUCAUACAUCGAAUGAGACAUUUUUUGCCUUUCAUGAAUUGUUAUAAGACACCCAAUUAAUGGUCCAGUUCUAUUUUAAGAUAAAUGGGUAUUUUUGCAAAAUGUGUAUGGAUUGUAAGGCUUUUUUUUUACAUCCAAGUAUUAGCUUUCUAAAGAGUCCUGUAACCCUACUUUUAAUACUUUAUUCAAUGUUUAAAAACUUGCAAACCUUCCAUACAUUUGUUUUGGAAAAUAACCCAGUUUAAAAACAAUCAGAUAAUAUAUGUCCUUUUGAUUAUUAUACCCCACCUAGCCAUAGACUUACGAGCCUAAUAAUUUCUUGCCGAUGAUUACCGUGGUUACUAUAUAUGUUGUACAAGUAGUAAUGCCUUAAUUUGAAUGUUUUUGGCCAAAAUGUUACUAAAAAUAACAUUACAAAAAAGUGCUGUCAUUUAGCUCAAUAUUGCUGUUUGAAAUUUUAGUUAAAUAUUUGUGAAUACACUUGUUAGAUAAAAAAAAUUCCUAAUUAGCAACAAAAGCAAAUUUAGAUUACAGAAAUAGAUUAGGUUGUGAGAAUAGUGCAAUAUUACAUAGUCGUGUUGUGUUGUAUAUUUAUAUUGUAGAUUUUUAGUUGCAAUAACUCAGCAAUGUAAGUUGUCUCUAUAAGUCAGUAUUAUUUUCAAGGUUGUGGCAAUAUUUUACAUUUUUUUUUUCUAAAAUAUUUUUUUGCAGAUUUUUCAUUUGAUUUGUAAAUGCUAGAACUUAUCUGUUAGCCUUUGCAUAGCUGAAGUAGCAUUAACCUUCCGUCAAUAAAUCUAUUUUGUAAUAAUUUGUUCUUUAAAUUAAUGUUCAGGUUGUAGCCAGCUUUUAUAGGUACAUGUUAUUUUCAUAUUAUAAACUUUCUAAUGUGAACCAUGAUGAUAAAAAGAUCUGUAUUUAUAUAGAAUAUGAAAUGUAGAACAUAAACAUGCUCCAAUACCAAAAAUGAAGUACAUUUAUUAGAAUUUCAUGUGCUGUUUGAAAUUAUCUUAAUCACAUAGGGGUAAUUAGCAUUCUUCAUAUACAUAUCAAGCUGUCAUUUGUCAAAAUUGUUCCACAGAGAUAUCAUCGUUUGUUGUUUUUUAUGAUGUAUGUAUAGUUUUGAAAUUCUAAACUCUGCAGUUCUUUGUAUAUACUGCAAGAAUUUGGAGAUAUAAGUACCGUGAGAAUGUAUACAUGUUGGAAAAAAAGGUUGUGAAAAGUUUGAAUUUUAUAGUUAGAAUUAUGUUUGUUUUUCUUCAGAUCGUAUUAUGAAUGUAGUUAAAUCUUUGCGUUUCUGAAUUUAUUGAUUUUGUUGUCUGUCCUUAAACCUAUUUCAUGAUAUGUCAUUUUACCAAGUAUCUGAAAUUAGAUUGAAUACUUUUACAUCAAAUUAAUAUAAAUGUGCUUUUUUUUAUUGUUGAAAGACUGAAUAGUGAUCUCUACAGGUCAUUUGGGUAUUUUGUCAUUUGGUUGUGGUCUCCAUUCAUUCAUAGUUGCAUUGCAAUAAUUAAAUCAAAUAUUUAAUUAGUUCAGAAAAAUUGAAACAUUUUGUCUCAGAUUUAUAAUGUUGAAAGAUAUUAUAGAACUUUAGAUUCUUCCAUUAUUAAGACUUUCAAAAUCGCAAAUUCAAAAAAAUUGGGUGUUGUUUUCUGUAUAAUUGCUGUUACACUCAAAUU